AUGAGUCCGCUGAACGGUCUCGCUCGUUCUCUUCCCCGGCCGCUUAGGGCUGCUUCCAGGAGGCCACUCCCGGCUCGCUGCGUCCUCUCCCCGCUCAGCCAUUCCCGGCACUCAUUACGAUCAUCCUCGAAUGCCUCCGCUCCGUCCCUCCGCGACUCCUCCAACCCCGCUCUAUCCUUCCCCUGCCUCGACGCUCAGGACGCGAAGUCCGCCCUCCUCUCCGCCAGAUCGCUCCGCUCCGGUCCCGAGCCGUCGUACACUACCGGCCACCAUGAACAGUUCCGUUGCAAGGACCCCUUACUGCUCGACUGGGGCGGCCUGCUUCCAGAGUUCGAUGUCGCCUACGAGACAUGGGGACAGUUGAAUGCGAAUAAGGACAAUGUCAUCUUGCUGCACACAGGUCUAUCCGCUUCCAGUCAUGCGCACAGUACCGAGUCGAAUUCGAAGCCCGGGUGGUGGGAGAAGUUCAUAGGCCCCGGCAAACCUGUGGACACGGACAAAUAUUUCGUCGUCUGCACCAACGUUCUUGGUGGGUGCUACGGCAGCACAGGCCCGUCAACACUCGACCCUUCGGACGGGGAGAGGUACGCUACCCGGUUCCCGAUUCUCACAAUCGAAGACAUGGUGCGAGCGCAAUUCCGCCUAUUAGAUCAUCUUGGGGUUCAGAAGUUGUACGCAUCAGUCGGCUCCAGCAUGGGCGGUAUGCAAAGUCUAGCAGCCGGUGUCCUCUUCCCGGACCGCGUCGGCAAGAUCGUGACCAUCAGCGGAUGUGCCAGGAGCCAUCCCUACAGUAUCGCGAUGCGACAUACCCAGCGGCAGGUGCUGAUGAUGGACCCAAACUGGGCCCGCGGUUUCUACUACGACUCGAUUCCGCCCCAUUCAGGCAUGAAGCUGGCUCGGGAAAUCGCAACUGUCACCUACCGCAGUGGUCCUGAAUGGGAAAAGCGGUUCGGACGCAAACGCGCCGACCCGAGCAAACAACCCGCACUCUGCCCCGACUUCUUGAUUGAAACAUACCUCGACCACGCCGGCGAGAAGUUCUGCCUCGAGUACGACCCCAACAGUCUGCUCUACAUCUCCAAGGCGAUGGAUCUGUUUGAUCUUGGUUUGUCCCAGCAACUCGCCACAAAGAAACAAAGGGCAGAGUAUCGAGCGAAGAUCAGCAGCGGAGCGAGCAACGUCAACGAAGCCGCAUGCAGCCUCACCCUUCCCGACCAACCCUACGAAGAGCAGCCCGCUGCAUCGACGUCGGCGGCAGAGCAGUCUGCCGCAGGGCCGGAGCUCGAGUCUCCACCCAAAGACCUAGUCGCCGGACUCGCACCUCUGAAAGACCACCAAGUGUUGGUGAUCGGAGUGGCGAGCGAUAUCCUCUUCCCCGCCUGGCAGCAACGCGAGGUCGCGGAAACCCUCGUCCAAGCAGGGAACAAGAACGUGAAACACCUUGAACUGGGAGAAGACAUGUCUCUCUUCGGGCACGAUACAUUCCUGCUUGAUCUAAAGCACAUCGGAGGCGCAGUACAGAAGUUCCUAGAUUAG